AUGGACGCCGAGGUUUCCGCCGCAAAGAAGCCAAAACUUGACCCGAGCUCGGGACAGUCCCCCGGUGCCGGGAAAUCCGUCGCCACAGACGCACACUACCAGGCCGCGAGCUAUGCGCUCGAAGUCAUGUCUUCCACCAACGGUACUCGUAUACACAGCAUCGGCUCGAUGUUCAAGAGCGACAAGAUCUCCUUCUGGUUCUAUGACUCUUUCGGCAUCGUCAGGACCGACGACUCGCAGUCACUGUCCCUGGUGGACCAGUUCGAAGAGGUAGCGGCCAUCGUGGUUGCCAUCGCCUGUUGCGACGCGACGCGGCUGGGUGUCAUGCAAGGCGUCACUCCUCCCAAGGGAUCCAAGUAUCCGGCGAGCUUCCCUCCCGCCAACCUCACUGGGUAUACGAUCAAGAUGCCGCUGCCCAACAAGCGCAGGGCACGGCAGCCGCAGAUGGUGGUGACGCUCGACAAGCCUCUGUUCUGCCAGUAUGCCUUGGUAGGCCGCCACACGACUGUGUACACUGCGACGACGAGUGUUGCAGUUGGACGGAAGAAGGGCAGGGCGGUGAUUGUGAAGCUGUCGCAGCAGGCGAAGGGCAGGAAGCCCGAGCAAGACUUCCUCAACGCUGCGUUGGAAGCCGGUGUGGAUCACCUGCCGGAACUGCAUUCCUCGAUGGAUCUAUGGUCCCUUUCUGACGGCAUUCGCCGUGUAUUCCUCAAGAGGGAUCCGGGCCACAAUGAGAUGUUCGAAGACCGUAUUUUGCGGGCGAUAAUCUACACGCAGUAUAUUCCGUUGCAGGAGUUUCUUGCGGAGUCAUCUGACGCUCCCGAGUAUAUUCGGCUCAUGGUCGACCAGAUGAUGGAAUGCCUCCAUAAUCUGCGCCACAAAUCGAAGAUAGUUCAUCGCGAUGUGAGUCCGAACAACAUCAUGGUCGAGAUGCGCAACGGCGAGCCAUUCUUCAUCCUCAACGACUUCGAUCUCGCGACCUUCGUCCAGGACAACGGCACGCGGCUCCAUCCGGCGUCCUCUAAGCACCGCACCGGCACACUACCAUUCAUGGCCAUUGAAAUACUGCAGGAUAUGGACAAGCCUGUGGCUUCGGCCAAAAACGGGCGCGUCGAGCUCCAAAUCGCUCACCGACUGCGGCACGACUGGGAGUCUCUCCUCUGGGUCGCGCUGUGGUGUAUGCUGACGACGGACCCCGGCGUUUCCGGGACGGAGCUUGAGUCGCGGAUAGUGAGCUUCCUGUCCGACUGGGAAACAGGCGAGUUCAGGAACAUCGCGAGCGCCAAAAUUUCGAUUGUCUACGGCGCGAGUUGUGUGGACGACCUCGUUCCUCCUCGGUUCACGGAGCUCAUUCAGUGGCUCACGCGAUGGUGCGGCGUUCUACAGGCUGGCCAAGAGGUUAUCAAGAAACACCGGAAAUUUACUCGUAAGCAUCUCAUGCGCGCGGACAGAGAAACUUUGGACGGGGCCAUCACUCUAGAGGGACUGAGAGCGGCGCUGCAUGCUCCUGAUGAAGUGAUCGAAGAGGCAGAAGAGGAUCUCUCUGAAGAUUGCUCCUCAGGCGUAUGCGGGAGCGAAGAAGAGGUUGAAGAGUGGUAG